AUGGGGCAACCAUCAAUGGAAUCAGGGACAGGACGAGGUAGACGGAAGGCAUCGUCUAGGGGACACCACAGAUUCGUGGGAGUUCGGCAGAGGCCAUCAGGAAGAUGGGUGGCCGAGAUCAAGGACUCCCUGCAGAAAGUGAGGCUUUGGUUGGGGACAUUUGACACGGCUGAGGAUGCAGCCCGUGCAUACGAUGAUGCUGCUCGAGCGUUGCGUGGUGCCAAUGCCCGCACCAACUUUGAGUUGCCUCAGUCCUCGUCCUCCCUCCGCGGUGGCGUUGGUGGGACGGCCAACAGCAGCAGCUUUGUGCCGGAAUAUUCCACCCCCUUCUCGUUCGAGGAAGUCUGUAGGACGGAAGAGGCCGAUGGUCUGCUCGGGGCACUCAGGGCAAAGCUAUCCAACAGCAAGAGCUUGCAAAUGCUCCCACAGCCAGGCUUUUCAACCGUGCAGCCAAGCGUUAAUGUUGUGCCCCCCUCGGCCUCACCUAACAGCAGCAGCAGCAGCAGCAACAACAACAAAAGAAAAAGAGAGCUCCCGAUAUCGAAAGCUACAAUAACUGCUGUGGCUCCCCAUGGGAUGCUGCUGCCUGAAUUAAUCCCGGAUCCCAAUUAUGAGAUGGACGUCGGCCUCCUACAUCAUGAUCAUGACAUUGUUGAAUUAAUGCCAAUCGGUGGUGAUCAAGAAGGUAUGCAGUGGCAAAACCAGUAUAGCCCUUGGGUGUCCCAGAUGAACUAUGUCCAAGAGCAUGGCAUGUUCAUGAGCAGCAGUACUACUCAAGCUACCGGGAAUUCGACUUACUCUACCAACGGACUUAGACCAUUACCGAUUACUAUGGAAGGGUUUUGGCCCCCCUCCGACCAACAAAUUGUUCACUGCAACAAUAAUAUUCCGACUUCUGGUGAUCAUAAUGUCUCUAAUUGGGACCCUCUCCUCAAAGUAUCCUCUAUGCUACUAGGGUGA